AUGAUUUUACGAGUAAAGAAAAUUGUAACAAAAGUAUUAAUAAUAGCAGUUUUGUUGCUGAAUGUUAAUUAUGGGUUAGGACAAGGCAUAAGAAAGGGAGAUGGAUUAUGCCCGCCACAAGACACAAUUUUGCCAUGUCGAUGUUCGAGUCGUUCUAAUGAGAUUCAGAUAUGGUGCUCACACAGUGACUUACCUCGCGUCCUCGGAGGACUCAAAAACGUAGCAAAAGUAAUUCGUCGUCCCAUCGACGAGCUAAUUUUAGAGAAUAACUACCUGCCUUCGCUUCCGGGUCGAGCGUUUUCGCCCCUCAAAGUCUUGCGUCUCAUGUUACGUCACAACGGGCUCGAACGCUUAUCGGGCGGAUGGCUUGUCGAUUUGGAAAACAGUCUAGUCGAAGUUUAUAUCGUUGAACGUGAACUCCGUUCCUUGCCCAUCGACAGUCUCUUUGGCAUGCACAAACUCGAAGCGAUCACAAUUCAAAGCGAAAAUCUCAAACGAGCUCCCGACUUUUCGGGAUUGGCAAAACUUCGGUAUAUCAACAUCCAAAGUACCGCUCUACUCGACCUCACGAGUCAAGGAUUUCGUGAUUUGAUGAAUUUAGAGACGGUUCACAUCACAAAAUCACGAAAUUUGAACAGGCUCGAGGCGGGAUUGUUCCAAGAUUUGCCCCGAUUGACGCAUAUCGAUUUGUCGGACAACGGGAUAAAUUGGUUGCAUUUGCGAGCGAUGGUAGGACUUCCUUCUUUGCGAACUUUGGAGCUUAGCGGGAACAGAAUUAACAACGCCGGGAUGGUUGGAAGGUCAAUUAAGGACUUGUCGAACUUGGAAGUUGUCAAAUUAGACCAUAACACGAUCACAAUUUUAACUGAGGGCAGUUUUGUCGAUUUGCAUGGCUUAAAGGAAAUUUAUUUGAACGACAACGCGAUCACGGAAAUCUUCCAUGGAGCUUUUCAUCGAACGCCAAAGCUGAAAAUCGUUCAUUUGGAGAAUAAUUUCAUCCAAAGAAUCCAUCCAGAGUCAUUUUUGCAACUUUCGGGCAGCGGAGUUGAGACUGUUCAUCUCGAAAAUAACGCAAUUGACCGAAUUGAAGAGCUCCGGUCACUCCUGGAUACGCUCCCGAUGUUGCGAUUUUUGGAUAUGAGCGACAAUCGCAUUGCUGAUGUCCCUUACGGAGCUCUACGGGGUCAUGGAACGCUUGAACAGCUCUAUUUGGACAAUAAUAUCAUCAGAAUUAUCGAAAGGGAUGCUUUUAUGGCGAUGCCCGGAUUACGUGAACUGCGGUUGAGGAAUAAUACGCUUUCAGAUCUGCUUCCGAUGCCUUUUUGGAAUUUGCCCGGAUUGAAAGGUCUGGAUUUGUCGUAUAAUCGGUUUAGGAGGUUGGAUAGUUAUUUGCUUACGGGACUUCCGUCACUGCGGAGAUUGGAUAUUAGUGGGAAUAAUUUGGCAAGUAUCGAUCCGGCGGCGUUCGUGAAGACUCCGAUGUUGGAAACGUUGAAUAUUUCGAGAAAUGCGCUUGUGCAUAUUCAUCCAGCGACGUUGAGGGAUUUGGAUAGAUUAUUCGAAAUCGACGCCGGCUACAACCAACUUCCCGACAUGAUCCCCGGAUUACCCGGCGCCGUCGAACGUGUCAUUUUAAACAACAAUCAACUUCACAACUUACCUUUACCGCCUUCGAGCUUGAUGGAUUUACCGAGUUUGCGAAUGCUUGACAUCAGCGGCAACAAAAUCGAUCGAAUCCCGCGUUCAAUUUUCCGCACAACGCCCCAACUGAGAAUUUUAAAUCUCGCCGAAAAUCAUCUUCAGAGCUUGGAUGACGACAUGUUUGCUGGUUUGGAAAAAUUGGAGCGGCUCAAUUUGCAAGACAAUCGCGUUGUGAGCAUUCACGAUCGCAGUACGGAGCCUUUGAAAAAUUUACGGGAAAUAAAUUUGCAAGGAAAUCGCGUCGAAUUGCUCAUCGAUCAUGUUUUCUCGGAGUCGCAAAAAUUGGAAAGAGCGGAUUUUUCGCGGAAUAACAUCGUCGAAAUUGCUCCCGAUGCGUUCAGAAGGUCGAAAGCGAUGAAAGUUUUGGAUGUCAGUAGCAAUAAUUUGCGAGAAAUUCCCGAAAGUUUGAGUUAUUUGGAGGAAUUGAAGGAGCUCGAUGUCAGUUUUAAUCAAUUAACGGACUUAAAACCGAGUAUCGUCGCUGCAUGGCGAAAUUUAGAGGAAUUAAGAGCUUCCAACAAUAAAUUGCCCGUUUUAGAACACGGCUCUUUCCGAAAUUUACCAUUUUUGCAAUAUCUGGAUUUGUCAAGUAACGAAUUGGAACAAAUUCAACCGGGAGCUUUUCGAAGUUUGCCCGAAUUGCAAGAAGUUGUGUUGGCUGACAAUAAAUUGGUUGAGUUGCCUGAUCGAGCGUUUGAGGAUUUGCCAAAUUUACAGGCAAUUCAUUUGCAACAAAAUGUGCUUCAAGGAAUUGCUCCUCAUGCUUUUCAUAGAUCGCCGUCGAUUGUUUAUCUGAAUUUAUCUUCGAAUAAUAUUAAAAAUAUGGAAAAUACGGGAUUACGAGGCGCGAGAAAUUUGGAAGUUUUGGAUUUGUCAAAUAAUGAGAUUAGAAGAGUUGCGGGUACGCCUCUUAGAGGUUUGGAUUGGUUGGUUGAAUUGAAAUUAGAUAAUAAUAGGAUUUGUGGAAUUAAGGGAGAACCAUUCCAAUCGAUGCCCCGUCUACGAGUUUUGAGUCUCAGAAAUAACCGAAUGACGAUCAUACCUGAAAGAACUUUCCGAAGCAUUCGCAGUAACAUCGCAAUUUUAGACGUUGAUGGAAAUCCCCUUGAAUGCUCCUGCGACAUGCUAUGGCUCCGUUCAUGGCUCCAAGAAACAGAAAAUCACUAUCCCGGUCCUCGUUGUCGCGAUGGCAGCAUGUUACGUGAAAUGCGUUUAUCCCGAAGCGAAUGUUCUCUGCCCGACACUCGCGACAACAACAAUUUACAACUCACGAACGAUCAUGGCGACACAUUUUCCGCAGAUUCGAACAACAUAAAUCGCCAAUCUCCCGAUUUCGAUCAAUGUGAACUCGAAAAUAUCGAAAGUUAUCACAACAAUUUACCGCCAUCGCCUGAGGAAAGUGAUUAUUUUUACGAUCAGUACGUGGAUUAUCCAAACGAGAUUAACGAAACGUUCCUUGCGACAAGCAAUCAUUCGGCUCCCGUGAAUUUAAUUAACGGCGGAAGACCAAAUAACGCGGGAAAUUUACCAAAUAAGGGCGAAACUGACUUCAAUAAGAACAAAUUUAAUAAUUUUGGUCGACCUCCGUUGCCGCCGCAAAAUAAUUCCCCAUUUACGUUCUUCGGAGUUCCCAUCCCGAGCAUCAAUAACAUCUUCGGGACAGGUCGAAAUGGGAAUCAGCGCGAUGUAAAAGCCGCAAAUGGCGGAAAUGGCAGCACGCGAGGCCGUGGAAGAGUUCAAGUUUACCGCCCGGGCGAUUUUAAUCACAAAACGAGUGCAAAACCCUCCGAACAAGCGACGGAAAAUUACAAAGAUCAAACCGGGCAAGAUACAAAAGACCAUCGCCCGCCCUCGGAUAACAAUUUAUUCCAUCGCCCGUAUUUCCAGACGCCAUUUUUACCUCCCAACGUCGAAAAAGGCGGUUUCCAUCCCAUGAUCCCGAACAGCGAAAAGGGUUUCAAGCCCAUUUCCGUGCCCACGAACGACUCCAAAGCGGAAGAAACCCCGAAAAAUGCAGCAGUUACGAAACCUCCCGUGCAACGAGGCACCGAUUGGCCCGACGACUUUCACGAAAAAGUCCCUCUGAUCACGGAAAAACCCAAAAUUAACCCAACUACCAUCCCGCGAUACGAAAAUCGUAACAAACAAAAUUCCGUGGAAGCGGAGGAACUCGAGACUGAAGCUCCGGUCACGCCAAAAAUUGUAAUUCCGGGAUGGACUGAAGCUCCAGUGGCGGAAAAAACGACUUUUAAACCCGAUUUUGACACAAAUAGCGACGAAAAUUUGUCAAAAUAUGAAGAAACGAGUCUCGGCACGACGCAAAAGCCGCGCGAAGAAAAUAUUUCGGAAAAUUUGAGUCCCGUCAAUAACGCAGAUGCCUCGGUUGAGGAUCAAAAUUACAAAAUUUCGCACAAAGAAGAGUAUUACGGCAACAAAAAUGACAAUCCGAGUCUUUUGUCGGCUCUCGUAGCGCCGGGAGCUCAACAAGGCAUCUACCGCAAGUCGACAAUUGAAAAAGUUUAUGGCGGAAAUAAUUUGCAGCCGACUCACGAUCGUUUGAGUAAUUCAACGGGAAAUGUCGAAGAAAUUCGCGGAACGACAGCGAGAUCUGCGACAAGCACAACGGAGCGAAAUGUCGUUUACGACAACGAUUUUGGGGGAUCGCAUUCGAAUGAAGUUGUGACAAAGGCGACUUUUGAUACGUACGAUGAGGAACCAGCGACACGGAGAGACGGCAUGGAUUGGUAUUACAAAAUGUACAAUCACACGGGAGAUUAUGUCGAACAAAGACCGAGUUAUGGAUAUGAGCCUGGAUUGAAUAGUUUGCAGGAUUCCAGUUCGAGUGUUAAGAGGAAAAGUAGUUUAGUUGUCGUUGUUUUAAUUUUAAAGCAAUUCUGA